AUGGCUCUGUCUGGCGUUUCCGCUGGAUGGCACACCGAACAGCCUCCUGAAUACACUCUCGACCGCUGGUGCAACACGGAGGACGAACAAGGAUCCCGAGCUUGCUUUACGACGGAUGUCGACGUUUCGCACCCGAACCCCGCCUCCGACUUUGAGGGCUUCCUGUCGGCUGAUGGCAAGAAGUCUGUGAUUUGGCGCGCCAAGCAAUCUGCUUUGCUGCAGACCGAUGACUACAUCAUCAAUGUCAGCUUCAACGACCAAGGCGUGAGCCACUGUGCCGCUGCGGACAUUCAGACUCUGACCGGUAACACUGUUGAUAACGGCAACUUCUGCAAUGCCUCCAGUCGUUGGCUGCAUCUGCCAGCCAAACAGUAG